AUGGAGUUCGGAGUGGGUGAUGUCGCCCAGAUAUCGGCAGAACUGGCUCGGGUGGUCGAGAUGAUGAUGUCACCUGGUAUAUCUCAGCUGCAACGUCUGGAAAUGUAUAAUGCCUGUGAGAGGUUCAAGGAAUCUUCACCAUUGUGUGUGCAAUGUGGCUUGUACUUGGCACAGAAAUCACCUGAGAAAAGUUCUGUGGUACGCCACUUUGGUCUACAACUGAUGGAGCACUGCGUGAAGUAUCGAUGGACACAAAUUUCUCAGUCAGAAAAAAUUUUCAUUAAGGAGAAUGCAAUGAAAUUACUUCAAGAAGGCACCCAACCACUGCUACAAGAAGAAGCUCAUAUAAAGGAUGCUCUGUCACGUGUUGUAGUUGAAAUGAUAAAGCGAGAAUGGCCUCAGCAGUGGCCCACAUUAUUGGCUGAGCUUAGUCAGGCUUGCACGCAAGGCGAAAGUCAAACUGAGUUAGUUCUGUUGGUAUUCCUCAGAUUAGUAGAAGAUGUAGCGCUUCUACAAACACUUGAAUCCAAUCAGAGAAGAAAAGAUAUAUAUCAGGCGUUGACUACGAACAUGGCUGAGAUCUUUAGCUUCUUUCUGAGAUUAAUGGAGCAACACUUUUCAGAGUUCCAGAAGAAAAGUGCCUUAGGACAGACAUCCGAAGCUGCAGCACAUAGUAAAGUCGUUCAAGUAGUGCUGUCCACGUUAACUGGAUUUGUCGAAUGGGUUUCUAUAAACCAUGUAAUGGCUGAGGACGGAAGAUUGUUGCAGAUACUGUGCCUCCUAUUGGGAGAUCCUAUAUUUCAGUGUGCUGCCGCUGAAUGUCUGCUUCAGAUUGUAAACCGUAAAGGCAAGGCCGAAGAUCGAAAACAACUGAUGAUCUUGUUUUCAGAGGAGGCUUUAAGGUAUAUUUAUACUGCGGCCACCGCUCCACCGCCUCUAGCUGGACCUACAAAUUUCCAUGAAAAUCAUUACUUAUUUUUGAAGAAGCUCACACAGGUACUGACUGGUAUGGCGACGCAACUUUGCGCCUUAUGGGGAAAAGAUGAUGCCUCUAGUAUACGACCAACGCAUUUUAAUGUCUUUCUGGACACCGUGCUCACGUUUACCAUGUAUCCGAGCCUUACGCUCACGCAUUUAGCAAACGCAAUUUGGGUGAUGCUGUUUAAACACGAACAAAUCAAGACGGACUCGUUACUGCUUACGUAUGUGCCCAAGUAUGUGGAGCAUACCGCACCUAAGUUAAUCCGCGUUACAUAUCCACAUGGUAGACAGAGUAACGGCAUGACUACGUACUGCCUUGUCGACUACGACUCAGAGGAAGAGUUCAACGUUUUUCUGCAUCGCUUCAGAAUGGAUUUGUUAGAAGGAUUUAGACAUGCAACUAUGGUGGCACCUUUAGUAACGUUUACAUAUGUGCAACAGUGGCUGACUGCAAAGAUCACCAAGGGUAUGGCAAAUCUACAAUACAAGAGCGAUCAGAAUGACCGAGAGUAUCUUGAGUGGGAAGCCCUCGCGCAUGCAUUAGACUCUGUCGUAUCCAGAAUCUUGUUAAUCAAUGAACGGCCGAGCGUACAGACGGGUCUACAGCUGUUGGAACUCUGUCUAGGUUAUUCACCACAAGAUCCCUGGCUUCUAUCCGCUUUACUCUCUUGUAUAAGUGCACUCUUUGUGUUUUUAUCAAUGUCAACUGGUUCGAUGGCUAUGCCAGGUGUCGCUAUCUUACCUCGCGUCCUUGAGAAGAUCUUCGCCGCAUUAGUAUUCGAGGCGCCUGGUGAGAACGAGAGUAAUCGAUUACGGGCGAUCAAAAAUGUACGACGACAUGCAGCCAGUCUGAUGGUGAAGAUCAGUCUCAAAUAUCCACUGUUGUUACUGCCAGUAUUCGAGCAGAUACAUACGAUGGUGCGCAGUCUGACCCGAGAACCAAGCCCAUUGUCUCGAAUAGAGUGUGUCGUGCUAUAUGAGGCACUGCUCCUUAUCUCGAAUCACUUUUGCGAUUACGAGAGACAGACUCGAUUUGUCACGGAAGUGAUCGGUGAUACAUCCAGUAAAUUCAUCGCGUUAGGCACGGAAUGGUUCGAGAGUCCUCUAAAACUUGUGCAGUUUGUGGGACUAGACAGACCACCGGUGGAGAACAUGUUGGAAGAUCCAGCCAAACGCAAUCGCAGCGAUCUUAUGAUGUAUAUUUGCACUAUGCUGAGUGUAGUUAAACGAUGCUCAAUUCCAGAAGAUCCUGAUCGCGCGGCCAGGGGUGGCUUCGUAGCCGCACUCAGCGAAAGCGGUAAUCCGGUAUAUCGAAAUCCAGCAACACCUCAUAUAAUACCUAUUCUACCGACACUGUUCGCGCUACUGCGAACAAUGAAUGGUCUCUUCAGUCAUGCUGCUCUUGCUGCUCUAUCUGAGGGUUACAAAAAUGCUUAUGGACUUUUGGAAUCUGAGAAGGCAAAUCUUUUGGGCGUUAAUAUAACUAACGACAAUAAUAGUGAAAUGGACCAGAUCUCAAACACUCUGGUUCGAAUGCAAUCAUUCCUGAGUACAGUUCAUGACCAAUGCUACCAUAUGUUAGGUAGCGGCUGUCACAUGAUCGGUCGAGAUUUUUAUCAAUUGCCUGGACUAGCACCAGCCUUAUUGAACUCAGUUUUCUCAAACAUGGAGGCAAUUCCAGAUUAUAGACUACGGCCGAUUAUACGCGUGUUUAUGAAGCCGUUUAUAUACUCAUGCCCGCCGGCUUUUUAUGAGAGCGUACUAUUACCUGUACUGGCUCACGUAUCUACACACAUGUGCCAAAGAUUAAGCGCAAAGUGGCAGUACAUAGCGCAUCUAUAUGAAUCCGGUGGUCUAGAUGAGGAGAACACCAAUACGCAGGAAGUCAUCGAUGAUAUGCUCAACAGAAAUCUGACUAGGGACUUCGUGGAUGUGUUAAAAGUGGCUCUGGUUGGUGGAGCCGCUAGCGAUGCUGCACCUCCGGACACUAUGGAACAGGACAGCGGGGGAAUGGCUGUAGACCCUCCUCUCUCUCGCGGAAACAGUAUCGUCGCCGAGGUUGUCAGCGAACUCGGGACUUCCAUCUUGCGUCAUCCGUCCACUUGUCAUAGCGUCGUACUAUGCGUACUAGGAGCGCUCGCAUGGAACGACUCAAAUGCAAGUCUCAAAGCCACAUUAUUAACUGGACCUGUGGUCCGAGCUCUGGCAGCUGACGGCAGUCUCACUCCUUCUAUGGCAGCGCACAUCAUGGUCGCUGUUCUUCAAGGUUUACAACUGCAUGGUCAACACGAAGCCAAUCAGGGUUCCCUUAUCACUCUAGGCGCACAGGUCUACGAGUGCCUAAGACCCAAGUUUCCGAACAUCAUCGAAGUGAUGCAACAAAUCCCGGGAGUUAAUCCUGCUGACUUGCAACGCUUUGAUGAGAAAAUGUCAGUGGUCAGUACGAAAGGCAAUAAAGUCGAAAAGGGAAAGAAGGAUCUCUUCAAGAAAAUUACUAAUCAGCUUAUCGGCAGAAGUGUAGGUCAAUUGUUCCGUAAAGAAGUUAAAAUAGACAAUUUACCGCGUAUAGAGAUAUUUAGUAAGUCUCAGCAUGUGCGGGUGGAUGAAAUUUCGAAGAAUGCUACUGAUACGGGAAUAACUGCAUUGUUCGCUGGAUCUACGUAG